AUGCCUUCCGAACUUUGCCCCGUCUAUGCGCCCUUCUUCGGAGCCAUGGGUUGCACCGUUGCUAUUGUCUUCACCUGCCUGGGUGCCUCUUACGGUACCGCAAAGUCCGGUGUCGGUAUCUCGGCUAUGGGUGUCCUCCGCCCUGACCUGAUCGUCAAGAACAUUGUUCCCGUCAUUAUGGCUGGUAUCAUUGCUAUCUACGGUCUCGUCGUGUCCGUGCUUAUCUCCGACGGCCUUCAGCAGCAGAUGGCCCUUUACACUGGAUUCAUCCAGUUCGGUGCUGGUCUCUCUGUCGGUCUUGCUGGUCUUGCUGCUGGUUUCGCCAUUGGUAUUGUCGGUGAUGCUGGUGUUCGUGGAACUGCCCAACAGCCCCGUCUGUUCGUCGGCAUGAUUCUGAUUCUCAUUUUCGCCGAAGUGUUGGGUCUUUACGGCUUGAUUGUUGCCCUCCUCAUGAACUCCAAGGCCACCCAGGACGUCACCUGCUAA